UUUGCUAUUAAACUAUUUACGUCCCGCUGGGUUUAAAAAAAAGCGCCAAAUAUCCGUAAGAUGUAACGUUGAAUUCCUUCCCUUCCAUUGAGGACGUUACGUCGGUGUGCGCAGACGUAACUGGUCCGACCUCCACUAUCAACAACGCAGCUGGAGAUGAUUGAUCCACUGGAGAACUGAGCCAUGGAGGACACGACAACUUCUGUUCGACAGCAACACAAAUUCAGUGUCGACAGACUGCAAAAGUAUCUGUCUGUCAAGUCACGGACCGUGUCGAACAAUGACGCGAUCACUGUCAGACAGUACAGCGCUGGUCAGUCAAACCCAACCUUCCUAAUCCAAAGCCCCUCAAGCAGUUAUGUUCUGAGGAAGAAGCCCCCCGGGGAGCUGCUGCCAGGAGCUCACAAGGUGGACCGGGAGUAUCGCGUGCAGAAGGCCCUGUUCUCUGCCGGGUUCCCCGUACCUCAGCCUCUCCUCCACUGCACCGAUCCUGAAAUCAUUGGUACCGAGUUCUACUUAAUGGAGCAUGUGAAGGGGCGAAUAUUCAGGGAUCUUCGUCUGCCUGGCGUGAGCGCAGCAGAGAGAGCAGCUCUGUAUGUGGCUGCGGUAGAAACGUUGGCUAAGCUGCACUCCCUGGACCUGGCGUCACUGAACCUCGACGGAUAUGGGAAAGGAUCCGGUUACUGCAAGAGACAAGUGUCCACCUGGACAAAGCAGUACACCGCAGCGGCCCACCGGGACAUUCCGGCCAUGAACCAACUGUCUGAUUGGUUGAUGAAGAAUUUGCCUGCCGGCGAUAACGAGGUCACGCUUGUCCACGGAGAUUUCCGUCUGGACAACUUGAUGUUCCACCCGAGAGAGGCCCGUGUGAUGGCGGUGCUGGACUGGGAGCUCUCUACCACCGGGCAGCCCUUGGCGGACCUGGCCUACUUCCUCAUGCCUCACUUUUGGCCUACAAGCCUUAACAUCUCCAGCACUAUGGGCAGCUUAAAUGGAAUAGAAGGUAUUCCAACUGUGGAAAACCUGAUCUCCAUUUACUGCCGUGUCCGGGGGAUCCCGUCUUCUUUGCCACAGUUGAAAUUCUACCUGGCUCUGUCUGUCUUUAAAAUGGCAGGAAUUGCACAGGGGGUCUAUGCACGCCACCUCCUGGGUAAUGCCAGUGCUCCCAAUGCAGCCCAGUUCGGCCAGUGCGUGGAGCCCUUGGCAAAGGUGGCCUUGCAGCUCGCAGAGGGGUCCGACACGGGUCCAUCAGCAGACGGUCUGUUCCUGCAGACCGCUGCAGGCCGGGCCGUUCUCCAGCAGGUCAAAGACUUCAUGAGACAAUACGUGCUUCCUGCUCAGGAGGAGGUUGCAGAAUACUACUCCAAACACGCUCAGUCUCCACAGAGGUGGAUCACCCCCCAGAUAAUACAGGAUCUAAAGGUGAAAGCUCGGGAGGCGGGGCUGUGGAACCUAUUCCUGCCCGCGGUCAGCAGUCUCAGUCAGUUGGACUACGCCUACAUCGCAGAGGAAACCGGACGUUGCCUCUUUGCCCCGGAGGUCUUCAACUGCCAGGCUCCGGACACAGGAAACAUGGAGGUGCUGCACAUGUUUGGCAGUGAGGAGCAGAAGAGUACAUGGCUGGAGCCUCUGCUCAAAGGAGAGAUUCGCUCCUGCUUCUGUAUGACAGAGCCUGACGUGGCCUCCAGUGAUGCAACCAACAUGGAGUGCACUCUCUGCAGGGACGGAGACAGCUUCGUCAUAAACGGCAAGAAGUGGUGGACCAGUGGUGCUGGGAACCCCCAAUGCAGAGUGGCCAUAGUGAUGUGCAGGAGCAAGUCUCAAGAUGCCGAAACCAGACACGGGCAGCACAGCAUGGUCCUCGUCCCCAUGGACACGCCGGGCGUGAAGCUGGUCAGACCGCUCACUGUGUUCGGGCAGGACGACGCCAUCCAUGGUGGCCACUUUGAAGUGCACUUUGAAAACGUGCGAGUCCCUACCUGUAACAUUAUUCUGGGUGAAGGCCGGGGCUUUGAGAUUGCACAGGGUCGCCUGGGGCCGGGCAGGCUGCACCACUGCAUGAGGGCCGUCGGCCUGGCGGAGUCGGCCCUGCAGCUGCUCUGCCAGCGGGCGGCUUCCAGGCAAACCUUUGGAAAGAAAUUGUACCAACACGAGGUCGUUGCUCACUGGAUUGCAGAGUGCCGCCUCAUGAUAGAACAGACGCGCCUGCUGACUCUGCAUGCUGCUCACGCCCUGGAUACUCGGGGCAGCCGCGCUGCUCGCAAACAGAUUGCUAUGAUCAAGGUGGCAGCCGCCAGGAUGGCGUGUCAGGUGAUCGACUGCGCGAUCCAGGUCCAUGGAGGUGCAGGUGUUUCUGGAGACUUCCCGCUUUCACAGAUGUAUUCAUACGCGCGGACGCUACGCAUCGCGGACGGGCCCGACGAGGUGCACCUCUCCUCCAUUGCUCGUCUGGAACUGAGGGAUCAAUUGAAGAAAGCCCAGGCCAAGCUGUAAAGGACUUUACCACCAAAAUAACCA